AUGGGCUUGACUGGUUUUUUGCCAGCAAUGCCCAAAACGUAUAGAUCAUUAAAUUUAUCGCCGUUAUCGAUAACAUUCGAUCUACCGAAUUCGAACGUUUAUCCCCUGUCCGAAGUGCAACGCACAAUUGGAAUGGCGGAUUUAUUCAUAACGUUCCACGAGACCUACAACGGCAAUAUCAACUGUAUCAUCAAAGGUACACAGCAACAAGAGAUCGCAAUCAUUAAAGCCGUUAUGAUACUCGCUGAUAUCUUUCAGUUGCAGAGUGAUACAAGUGUAAUUUGUCAGACAGUGCUAAAUUUGCGUUCAUCGUUACGUUCGAAUAUAAUCGGAGAAGAUAAACGAGAAAGAUUGGAGCUGCUGGCACAGCAAACCGUUACGAAUAUACAGUGCACCGCGAAUGGAGCCGACGGAGUUUCAGUGAUUAUUUCGGGUCCAAUCAGCGGUGUUGUUAUCGCUAGAAAAUAUAUCAUUGGUCUAAUGCCGGUGGCACUUCAUUUCGAUAGAGUUGUUGAAUCGGACUACGAUUUAGUCGAUAAAUCGCUGAUUGAACGUGAAUUCGGA